GUGCGGAGAGGAGACGUUGCGGUGGGCGCAGCAUCCACACAUACAGCGAGAAGACGGCAACAAUGGCCGAUAUAUCACUGUAUCUGACUAACGUUAAUGUGGCGAUAGGACAGAACAUGGCCGUGGAGCAGAGUCCAAACCCGGUUAAGGACUUUGAGUGUGUGGAGCUGGGGGAGCAGGACAAGAGAGAGGAGCAGCAGCAGCAGAGGGAGAAGGUUCCUCGCAGGAUCAUCCAUUUCUCCAGCGGGGAGACCAUGGAGGAGUACAGCACCGACGAGGAGGAGGCCGAGGACAAAGAGUCAGAGAGGAAAGACCUGCUGUCCUCCCCGGUUGAUGCGGUGAGGUCAAAGAUGACUUGGGGUCCGUACUUCUGGUUCCACAUGUGGAGAGCUGCCACAUCCACCAUCUCAGCAUGUGACUACCUGGGGGAGAGGAUGGCCUCCCUCUUCGGGAUAACAUCGGCCAAAUAUCAGUACGCCAUUGAUGAAUACUACAGGAUGAAGAAAGAGAGGGAGGAAGAGAAAGAGGAAAACCACUUGUCAGAAGAAGCGGAAAGAUCCUUCAACCAGCUACAAUCUCAGGAAGACGAGGACGAGCCAAUCACCAUGACAGACCACCCGGACGUGUCCGCCGCUCACCCUGAUGUGACCUAUCAGGUCGAGAAUGAAAAUCAGGUACCUCCAAGCACUAUCAGGGUCCCUGCUAUUGUCAUGGCAACCUAACCAUCCGUAGAGAAGCACGUUUGAGCUUUAAUGUCUGUCUGUUUAUUAAAGAAGGAACACCGUCUUGUUUCACCAAGCACCGUUUGGUUUGUGUAUGACACAGCUAGUAGAUGGGCAGUGCUGCUGUAUGGUGGUUGUUUGGCAAAGACAGCAGUGGUUGAAUUUCUCCUCUGAUUACCAGGUGUCCCUUAGCAGCAGUGUAGCAACUGAUGAAGUAGCUGCUGGAUAAUGUAGCAACAUCUUUUGAUGUUUGGAUCCAUGAAAAUUAACUAUAGGUGUGUUAUGAAACACAUACGAGUCAGAAAAUGUGAUAAAAAUGUUUUCUUUACAUGUUUUGCCCAUUUAGACCAACGGUUUUCCGUUUCGGCUUGGUGUGUUACAUUAUCCAGCUUGUAUGGCUUUGUUAGUUGCUACAGCAGCCUCCCAGAUUUGAGCGUCUGCUGUGGAGUGAAGGUUAUACGUUGCUCCCAUGUGCCUCUGACGGACCAGACACUGUGCCUAAAUCACCAAUACAGCCAAGUCAGUGCCAGAUCUAGACUAAACAUUUGUCUGAAAAUGAUUUAAAGUGUGUGAAGACGUAAAAUAACCUUUGAUUUAGCGUGUACACUCGGCUUUGGAUGAAGUUUAUCAAAUAUUUGAUGCGUUUAACAGCCUUUUUUGUCCAGAUCUGGUCAGAAUGGUGCGUUCUUGACACACCUGGCUGCACCAAAAACACUGACCUUUUUAACACAACCUCACCUGUUUAACUGCUGUCUGUAUUAAAGCUUAUGAAGCUUGUAUUGCACUCAACAUCUGUGGAAGCACUGAGCAGACUUAGCCUUGGUUAUCAAAUCAUCUGUGGACCUCGAGACUAACAUUUUGUGAUGAAAACGCUAUGAAAACGGGUUUAGGUGUUCUGUGUUGCUCUUAUUAUCUGCUGCAUCUACUACCAAUAUAAAACACACAGUAGUAGGUGUGGUGUGCAGGCCUUUGAUUAUGGCAGGGAGCAUUGUUACACUAAGUCUGUAUAAAGACAUGCAAACUUACAUUUUUAACAGUUUUUGGUACGAUUUUUGAUAUUUAUGUAUUUAUUUGACCAAACUGACAGCACUUAAUUUAAGGGUUUUUUUUCUAUUGUUUUGGUAAGUAACACUGUAAUGAACGGUUAAUAAAAUCAUAGUUACUG